GCAUUCUGAAAUAUAUAAUUAUUUAUAAAAAUAGAUAUACCAUGGAUAUAUUUCUUUUAUAUAUAUAUUUAUUUUAUAUAAAUAAAUAUAUUCAUAUGUUUAAUAUUGAAAAAGUGAAAUGAAAGAGUGAAAUAGAGAAAUGAAUAAUGAUGCAACGAAUGUCGACUGAAUUUCGUCCUUUCAGUCAUUUCAAUACUAUUACUACUAUAACCAUUUAACUAACCCAAUUUUUCAUCACUACAAAAUUUUUAAUUUUACUUUUAAUAUGAACAAUCAAUAAUCUAUCUAAUUCGUAUAAUCUAAUAUCGGUGAAACCGGUUGAAAUCAAUGUCCCAUAGUUAUUAUACAGAAUUAUGGCUCAUCAGUCGAAACGAUUUAGAAAAGUUGAUAGAGUUGGACAAAAAACUACAAAAAAUAUCCCGUUGGAAAGAAGACGCUGAAGAAGCGGAAAUUGAUGUAAAACGUGGAUUGGAUUUACUUCUUCCAGUUUAUCUUAAAUAUCGUAAUUUAGUGAAAAGACUAAUAGUUUGCCAUGAUCAAAUGGUACAAACGCAGAAAAGAGAGUUGAUAAAGCGGGUUCUGGAUUGUGCUGUCGGUCGAAUGUUAGAAUACAAGCAAGAAAUCGUUAAUUUGAACUAUAAUGAUUAUCAAUGGCCUGAUGAUUUUAUGAAACAACUGAAGUAUACGCCAGAUGAUGUGGAAAUUCUUGUGUGUGCAGCAGGUAAAGAUAUUGUGAAAAAACGUAGAGAACGUAUUCACAAGAUGAUAGAAGAUGCUAUAACAAAACCUUCUGAAAUAGAUGUUAGUGAACUUACCCCAUCUCAGGAAAGCAUAAGAUUGCGAAGAAGAAGACUUAGAGAAAAGACUCCGACAGAUGAAAUACCAAUCUUAUAUGAAUCACCGGAAAAGAUAGCAGCUCGAAAAGCUGAACGAGCCAUGCUAGAAGCAGUGUUGCUUAUUCAAUCUCAUGAAAGAGCAAGAGUUGCUCGUGCUAUUGGAAAAAAUAAUCAAAAAUAUAAUAAAAAUGUAGCGAUGGGAUUAAUCGUACCAAAAAAAAUAGAUAAAGCUACAUAUAUUAAUGCUGCUAAAACAAUACAGCGAGCCUGGAGAACAUAUGCAGCAAGAAAAAAAUUGAAAAAUCGAAUUGCACGUACAGAAGAAUUAUUAGGCAUGACGAUACCUAGUUGGAGAAAUCAAGAAGUUUUUAAAAAAGAUAAGGAAAAUUUUGAAAAGAAAUUAGCUCUAAUGUCAGUUUUUGCCGAUGAAACUGCAAAAGCAACAGAGAAAGAACAAGCAAGAUUAUUAAAAAUUAAGCGCCCUGGUUUAAUGGAAGACAUUACGGAUGAAAUUCGAGAAUGGUUCAUUUUAUGGUAUGACGAAUUAGGACAUUUCUAUGUAUACCCAGCUGCACGUUUAGGUGGCAGUGUGCUAAUCGCUACCGGACAAACUAUAACACCUCAAGAAUAUUUGGUGAUGAAAAAAGCUAAAGAAAUGGAAAAGAAAGCAGAAAAAGAAAAAGUCAAAAAGAAAAAAGUCAAAAAGAAAAAUUAUUGGAUGUCGGAAACAAAGGCAUUUUCCCUUCUUAAUGAGGUUAAUCAAUCUUACAACUAUGAUUGGAGUCAUCGACAUUCGAAUGAUUUUCAACAAAAAAUAUGUCAUGAUUUAAUCACGGAUGAACUCUGUUAUAAACUUCAAUUGGAAACAAGAAAGGUUGUAGAUGAAUUGAUGAGAUUAGAAUUGCAAAAAUUAAACGCAGCACUCAAAAAAGAUUACGCGGCUGAUUUACGUCCAUUUGACGUACCUUUUGACAGAGGUAAAAGAAGACCACCCCCCAGAAAGAAACCUCCACCAUCACCUGAUGAUUUUACAGAAGAUUUCAAAGAAUUGGUCAGAGCUAAUAUCAUUAAAGAUUAUCCACUCAAUUCUCUCAACGAUUGGAUAGGGGAUCGUUCGUAUCAAAAUUAUGAAGCAAUUCUUGAAUUUCGAAAUUACAAGCAUCGAUUGGGCGAAGUUAAACAAUUAGUCAUGGAAUAUUGCAUUCUUCCUCUUAGUACAAAAGAAAUUCAUCAAAUCGCGCCAUUAAUCCAAUCCGUUUGUAUCUGUGGUCUUCCUCAACAAGGAAAGACCUUUUUAGUGAACGCUAUCUGUUCUGAGGUCGGAGCAUUGUUAUUCGAUAUGUCACCAGCAAUAUUGGCGGGUAAAUUUAUGGGACCCAAAAACGAGCACAAAUUAAUCAACACAAUUUCAAAAUUAGCUCGAGCAUAUGCUCCUUCUGUAAUUUUCAUCGAUAACAGUGAAAAAGUUUGGGCAAAAAGAGUACCAGUGGACGAAAUAUAUCUAAAACCAAAACGAUUUGCACGAUACUUCCCUAGAUUGGUGAAAAAUAUCAAGAAAGGUGAUCAGAUUCUAUUUCUCACGACCGCCACGGAACCAUAUGCAGCAACAGCACCCUUCAUGAGAAUCCACAAAAAGUUCAUAAUAAUUCCUCUCACAGACUACAAUACGUUAUAUAUGUUUUACAAAAAUGAGCUGAUGAAGUAUCACGGAAUUGAUCGCAAUAUCGAUGUCUCUAGUAUGGCAAAAGUAUCUGAGGGCAUUCCGUUGGGAUACAUAAAAAAUACUAUACAAAAUAUCUUAAAUCUUCGUCGAAGAAUCACAUUGAAAUUCAAACCAUUACUCGCGACAGAAAUUAUAAAUGAAGUAUUGAAAUAUGAACCUUUGCCACCGAAGAUGAUAUCUCAAUUUGAGAAAUUUGAAAAUCGUACACCGCUUGUAAGGAAGAGACUUAGGAUGUUGGCUAAGGAAAAAGCCCUAUUGGAACGUGCAAAAAAAUUGCAUAAAUGAAAAAACUCAUAGAUGAAAAAAUAAUUAAAACAAAUUUACAAUAUGGUAAAAAUUUUCUAUUCUUCAUCGAGAAAAAAAGACUAUGAAAAUAAUUGAAACUCAUCAAAUAAAACAUGGAACAAAUUCUUAUAUGCAUUAAGAGACAAAGUUAUAGUAUUUUAACGAGUUUUUUCUACAAUAAAAAUAAUUCAUAAU